AUGGAUAUAAUUGAAUUACAGUUGGAUGGGACAGGAAUUAAAACUCGGCCUGAAAGCAUUUGGAAGCUCAAAUGUUUGAAAUAUCUAGAUCUUAAUGAUUGCCCAAACCUGGAAAAGCUUCAAGAAAUCUCAGAUGAUUGUAAAAGUUCAUCUCUUGAAGAGUUGGAUAUUAGUGGUUGUACGAGAUUGAAGAGUUCGUCUCUUAAACAAUUGGGUAUAAGUGGUUGUACGAGAUUGAAAUCAAUAUCGGAAAGCAUUUGGAAGAUGAGUAGUUUGAAAAUGUUGACUCUUAAUGGUUGCCCAAACUUGGAAAAGCUUCAUGAAAUCUCGGAUGAUUGUAUGAGUUCAUCUCUUGAAAAGUUGGAUAUAAGUGAUUGUACGAGAUUGAAAUCAAUACCGAAAAGCAUUUGGAAGAUGAGUAGUCUGAUAAGUCUGACUCUUAGUGAUUGCCCAAACCUGGAAAAGCUUCAAGAAAUCUCGGAUGAUUGUAUGAGCUCAUCUCUCGAAGAGUUGGAUAUGAGUGCUUGUACGAGAUUGAAAUCAAUACCAGAAAUCAUUUGGAAGAUGAGUAGUCUGAAAAGGCUAACUCUUAAUGAUUGCCCAAACCUGGAAAAGCUUCAAGAAAUCUUGGAUGAUUCUAAGAGUUCAUCUCUUGAAUAG